GGCUUGACUCUUGACUGGUAUGAUGAUGCGCUUCACCCAGACACUCACGAUCAUUCCACAAUCGUCAGGCCACCCACGACCAAGUGCAUCUGGUGCGACUCCCAUAUCCGUACUCUUAUCGUUCCAAGUUGCGCCCUCGAUUCGCAUCCGUACGGACAAGUAGUGGACAGCAAUGUCAGCAAUCUUUGACUCCUCCUCUCCCUACGGGGGAAGUAAUCAGUCCGCAGGACCAAGCUACGGAAAUCCCUCCAGCGGUCCAGGAGGACCUCCCUCUCUUCAGUUCUACUCUUCAACUGGAGCGUCGUCGCAGGGAUUCGGAGCAGGAGGAGGCGAUCCUUCUGCAGGGGCCGGAAGCUACGCGCAGGGAGGGCCCGGCAGGAGUAGUCUGGAGGGCAACAUGAUGAGCUCUGGAUUUGGCAGCGCUGAUAGAGCCAUGAUGAGCGCUCAGAUGGGUUUUUGGAGCGCAUUUGGUACGGGUGGAUACCCUGACGAGCCGGGAUUGAUGGAGGAGCUCGGCAUCAACUUCUCCCACAUCAUCGAUAGGAGCUUGACGGUCUUGAACCCGCUCCACUCUUACAGCGCAUCACAUCAAAAGGAUGCGCACAUGAUGGACGACGCGGAUCUGGCAGGCCCCCUGCUCUUUGCGUUUGCCUUCGCUAUGCUGCUCUUGCUAUCUGGCAAGUCGCAAUUUGGCUACAUCUAUGGUGUCGCUCUGUUGGGUGACAUCUCCAUCUACAUGCUGCUCAACAUGAUGUCUGAGGAAGGCAUUGAUGCUUAUAGGGUAGCAUCCGUGCUGGGCUACUGUCUCUUGCCAUUGUGCAUAUUGAGCGCCAUCAGCAUCGUCAUUCGUCUCGACUCCAUCUUGGGCUACAUUACAGCGCCGCUCUUCAUCCUCUGGAGCAGCAUCUCCGCCUCUGGCAUUUUUGUCAGCAUUCUCAGGCUGAGCGAGCAACGCUUCCUCAUCGCAUAUCCCGUCGGAUUGCUCUACUCCGUUUUCGCUCUCUUGAGCAUCUUCAAUUUUGGUCACUGAUCUUACUCCGCGUCGCAAGCACACGCGUUCCAUCGAGGGGUGUCAUGAACCAGCAGGAUACUGUGAUUGAACCACUCGAUUGCGCUUCGGCAUUGUAUGCGAUGCUAUACAACAGGCAAACUGCAUCCUUGUACGAGGCCUGCCCGAAGCGAAGCAUGAUAUAAAGGAU